UAGCAUCGAUAUGUUUCUACAGCUCCAGAAGGAACUUCAAGUGGCCAAAAUAAACAAAUUUAAAUAAAUAUUUAGUUUUUUAAGACCCAAAAAUGCUGACAGACACGGAGGAUGACUUCUUUUUUGAGGAGGACAAGAUGCCAGUGCCGCUGCUCAUCCAGUUGGAUAGCGCUAAUGCCGAGGAUGUACGGCGGCACAAGGAACUCCCCGCGGAGCCGGAGAAGCCGGAGGUGUCCUCCGCCAUCAGCGAGGCCACCGUUAUGCUCUGCUCUCCGGCGGGCUUUGGUUCGGACAGGUUUGGCAGCGAAUCCGCCAAUAGGCAGAAGUAUGAGUUAGACCGUUUGGGAAUGACUGUCACCACCAAUGCCGUCGUCAUCACCAAGGAUCAGAGCAACCUGAUUGGAAUUAGCAUUGGCGGAGGAGCCCCCAUGUGUCCAUGUCUAUAUAUAGUACAGAUCUUCGAUGGCACUCCCGCUGCUCGGGAGGGUUCCCUGCAAUCCGGAGACGAACUACUGGCUGUGAAUUCAGUGAGCGUGAAGGGCAAGACAAAGGUGGAGGUGGCCAAGAUGAUUCAAACAGCCACCGACGAGGUCGUCAUCCACUACAACAAGCUGCAUGCAGAUCCCGAACAGGGCAAGACCCUGGACAUUAUACUAAAGAAGCUAAAGCACAGGAUCGUGGACAACCUAUCGAGCAAUACCGCCGACACUUUGGGUCUCUCCCGGGCGAUUUUAUGCAAUGAUUCCCUGGUGAAGCGACUGGAGGAACUGGAGGGCACUGAACUGAUGUACAAGGGCCUGGUGGAGCAUGCCCGUCGAAUGCUCAAGGCCUACUAUGAUCUCCUGCAGACUUACAAGUCUUUUGGCGAUUGCUUCACCCAAAUCUCUGUCCAUGAGCCGCAACAGCGAGCCUCUGAGGCGUUUCGAACAUUUGGCGAGUUCCAUCGCACCCUGGAGAAGGAUGGCCUGGGUAUCAUUAAGCAGAUUAAGCCAGUGCUUGCUGAUUUGGGAACGUACCUGAACAAAGCCAUACCGGACACAAAGCUCACUGUGCGUCGCUAUGCCGAUGCCAAGUUCACAUAUCUCUCGUAUUGCCUGAAGGUCAAGGAAAUGGACGACGAGGAGCAUGGUUUUGCGGCCCUCCAGGAGCCACUGUACCGCGUGGAGACGGGCAACUAUGAGUACAGAUUAAUCCUGCGAUGUCGCCAGGAUGCCCGCAGUAAGUUCGCCAAGCUCCGGACCGACGUCCUCGAGAAAAUGGAACUCCUGGAGUGCAAACAUGCCAUGGAUCUCAACAAGCAGCUGAGAAGCCUACUGGAGAGUCUAGCAGAACUGCACAGGAGUCUCGUGGAGCGGCUGGACUCGCUACCACCUCUCUUUCCCAUCGAAGUGGACUUCAAGGAGACGGACUUUCAGUAUAAGUCGAGCACCCUGAAGCCCCAGGAGCUGGACGAUGAUGAAAUCGAAGCCAAUAAUCAUUCCAAUACGACACCCUCCCAGGUUGACUGUGGAUUUGAGGCGGUGGAACAACCUGCGGCCAUCAUUAAUGUGGAGACCAAGGAAUCUGUAGACAUCUCCUCCGUCUCAGCGUCCCAACCCAACAGCGAGAAUGAUACGCUCCUCAAGGAACUGGGUCUGUAUGAUGUAGACCUGCUCUCCAAUCCGCAGACCAUUAGCAACCAAAAGGAUUCCAUUGCGGCCCAAAAGGAAGGCUACGACUUUGAUCUCUUUCUGAAUCAAGCAACGACAGCCUCCACUAGUUUAGAGCGGGAUCUGAUGUCCUCGAAUGCGGAGGAAAUGGAUCUGCUCUUGCAAUAGUAUU